GAAAUGUUUGUGUCACAAGUCAUAAAUUAAAUUAACAAAAAAAAACUUGAAUAACGACUUGACUUGAAGCAUCGGAAACCAGUUAAUCAAAAUUAAAUAAAAAGUACAUAGACAUUACGAGAAGCUGUCGCUCAUACCUAUACGUGUAAGCAUAUUUACCGAAAUCGCGUGACCGCGGACAUUUCUAAGGAACCUCAAAACAUGUAAAUCAUCUCAUUAUAAUAAUAUACCUACAAAAUACAGAAAACUCAUCCUCUGAUGUCGUAUGUGCCAUCAUUCUUCACCGACCACCGACGGCAUUGACAUGUGCUCGUGAACAACACAUAUUUAUUUUAUUCGUUACCAAAUGCGUCGCGAAAAUGGAAUCGAAUACAACGGACUUUAGAUCGAACGUUACUUUAGACGAAGUGAUAGAUUUCUUUAACUUGAAUAUAUCAAAUGUGAAUCAAAGUGAAGUGACUCAGAUACAUUUGUUCGACUUGUACGAAGCUUAUCGUACGAUUGAGAAGGAACAGUUGAUGGUGUACAAGUCCGUGGCUUACAUCAUUGGAACUCUCAUCAUAUUGAGCAAUUUAACUGUUGUCAUAUCCAGUGGAUUGAUUCUCAGAAAAGGUCAACAACCCAAGAGCACGUACCUUUUACUGGGAAAUGUGUCUCUUGCGGACACCAUCGUUGGGAUGUCUCUCAUUUUCGGAGUGACAGUGGAUAACUCUGUGAGUUCCAACCCCCUGUGUAUCUUUCAAAUAGGUAUGUUGGUAUGUCCUGCUAUGGUGUCCAUCUUCAGCGUCGGCCUGAUCGCCGUGGACCGCUACAUCUACAUUCUCCAUGGCCUCUACUACCAGAGGUGGUUCAACACCACGCGUGUCAGAAUCGGGAUCCUCUGCAUCUGGCUAGUCAGUAUAACGCUUGGAUUCCUGCCAGCCACAGGAUGGACUAACACAGAGCUGAUGCUCACGCGAUGCUACUACGUAGCCCUCUUUCCUGGCAGCCUUAUACUUAUCAACUCCUUCCUCAGUAUAGUCCCAAUCACAGCUGUUGUCAUCCUCUACUCCAUUAUCUUAGUACGUGCCCUAAAAACAGUGAGAGAAGUAAAAGCAGGAACUAAGCACAUCAAUGAAAAUGCCAAAUCUCAUGACAAUUCUAAAUUAAGAAUUUCCCGCGGGACCAACAAAAAAGCAAACCCUCAAAACCUUUUGCCUGCCACACCAAAGUGCAGAUUGUUUAAAAGUGCAUCCUUCAAUGUUAAUUACGUAAACGAAGGAGGUAAAGUAAAGCCAGCAAUAUCCAUAAAAUCUAAAAGCAACCAUGACCUCAAUGUUAAUCAAACAAUGACAAACGGUUUAAGAAAUAUUAACAGCCAGUGUAAGUCCACAAGCCAUUCCAUGUUUAGUAUUUGCACUAUAGAAUCCCAAGUUUCCAAUCCGAACCUCUUAAUGCCAGAUGGUAAACCGACUAGAUUUCAGAAGCAGGUCAAAAAAGUUUGUAACGUGACUGCGAUUUGUCGUAAGCCAAAGGAACCGAAAGAGCCUAAUAAAUGGAGAGCGAUCACCAUUGUGCUGUUGACUUCUGGGAGUUUUAUGAUAACUUGGAUGCCGUUCUUUAUCACUGUGACAGUUUUUGUCUUCUGUGAGGACAAAUUGACGAAUCCAAGUUGCAGGCAUAUGAGAACGUUGCUCGGUGGUCCUUUAGCUGCUUUGGCCUUUUUGAACAGUUUGUUAAAUCCCGUUAUAUACACGUGCUGGCAUAAAGGCUUCCAGAAGUCUGUCAGGACUAUCUACAGAAAGUUUUUUCAGAAAUAUAUAUGUAAGAACGAGAGUUGACAAUUCAUAAAUAAUAUAUCAUUAUUUUAUGAUUUAAAACUGAUAUCCAUGUCAAGAUGCUCUCUGUAGAUAUUUG